AUGGCAUCUUCAACCAUGUCCACCUCAGAUCCCUCGACCUCAAACCGCGAUCUCCUCACCUCAGGGCCCGUUCCCGCCAAUCCGUUCACCUUCCCAACAGGCGAUACAAAGAUACUUGUCACGUACCAAGGCAGCAAGAUUCAGGGCCUGGUGGCAUCGCAGUCUUUGUGCCAGGCUAGUCCUGUCUGGAAGAACUUCAUCUAUCCACCCUGGGGCACUCAAGACGCAGGUGUUGAAGAUGGUAUUGCUGCUGGACCGAAGAGUAUCGAUUGCAGUGAGGAUGAUGGAGAGGCUCUGCUGGUUUUGAUGAAUAUCGUUCACUUGGAGUUUCAGAAGAUUCCUAAAUCGCUCGCCUUGGGAAUCUUGCAUCAAGUUGCGAUGCUAUGUGAGCAGUAUCAGUGCGUUCGAAUCGUCGCUCCUUGGGUUCAAGGAUGGGUCAAAAAUAUCCCAAAAGUUGCUCAAUUUCAGCUUGGUAUGCUGUACGUCUACUGGGCAUUUGGUUAUGAGGAUGAGUUUCAAUCAUCGGCCAUUCUCUUGGUCAACAAUUUGACUGUUUCGGAGGAAGGUCAAAUGAAAGUGGGCUGCUACGAGUUGACAGAAGAUGUUCUUCCUCCAGAUAUCCUGGCCAGAAUACUACAGCUCCGAGAGCGAGAAUUGACCACUUCUCUUACUUGCAUGUACACUAUCCUGGACAUCCUUGAACGAGAUGAUGUUAUCUGCUGUGAAGCCGAGAAGCCAGCCGAACUCGCCGGUCUCAAUACCACGGUAGUAGGUGAUCAUUCCGACUGUCAAGUAAGCCUCAUGGUUCUUGGCCAAUGGAAGGAGACGAUCUUUUCAAAUAUUGCUCUAGACUGUCAUCUCCAGCAUAUGCGUACUCAACGAGAGAAGCUAGGCCUUACAGACACUAAGAGCUCUCCAGCUCCAAAGAAGCGUAAGCGAUCGGGCAUUUUUGCUUAA